AAACAAUAACACGGAUUAACAUUCAACACGUAUGGUCGGUGUGGGUAGUGAAUGUCUCGAGUCGCCGCUGCAGUGGCCAGCCACAGUCCGCCCCGCACACGCGCGCUUUCCGAACGCACGCGGCCGCAAGUGACGGUGAAGUGUUUUUUCAUAAGUGUCCUAUUGGAACGAUGGUGGACUCUACAUAAUAUAUAUUUUAGUGAUUUUAUUGUAAGUUGAAGCCGAAUUACAACUUUUAAAAGCGCCCACGAUGCGCGCUCCGGUGUGGUGGGCGGCGCUGGCCCUGCUCGCCACCGUCAGUGGACACGCGCUCCGGAACACUCAGGUGGAAGGAGUAACUAGGUCGGGUAGAAGAUUAUCGUCGCGGUCACAGAACAUAGAAUCCAGUUCAAGUAGGCCUGAAGAUGUAGAUGUUUCAUCUAUUAGGCCCAGAAGUGCAAGAAGAAGAGAAGAAUAUUCUGAGAGAGAAGUUCGAGCAAGAACUCGAAGUAGGCCUCAAGAGGUAGAGACUUCUACAUUACCAGUUGCCGACACGAAAUUCAAGUCGCAAAAUGAUCGUAACGAACGAUUUAACUCGAGAAAAACCUACAGUCGAACGAGAAAUAGGGGUAAUGAUGAAGAAACCAAAAAACCUGUUAUUCCUGAAAGCACCCCUACCAGUGCAUACACUAUUAGAAGUCGGGCGAGACAUGGUAGCCGCAAGGCCCCAACGCCUCCUACAGUGUCAUCAACUCCUACCAUUGAUGAGAGUAAAAUUGAGGUUAUAAAUUCCAACUUGGAAGAUAUAAACAAAUUGAAAUUUAAUAAGCAAAACUCAGCUACACAAUUUAGACGAAGAAGUUCAACAUCUUCAUCAUUUAUCGCAGAAACUGAACCUCGUAAAGGGCGUAGCAGGAUCAGUCCCAGAGUGGACAAUCCAAGCUCAGCUCCGGACCUCGACAGCGCUGGUACUACCAAUGACAUAUCAGUAUCUUUCAAAGCACCAACAACUGCAAGAAGUUCUGAUGACAUAAGAAGUUCAAGGAAACUUCGAUACAAGACAAGACUGUCAGAUACAGACUCAAAUUUAACCGGCGAAGGAUUACCAAUAGCCUCUAAUGAAAACACGUCUAGUCAAAACAAAGAAACAAUUACUAGUCAAUCAGAUUUACACGUACCUAAUGCUGUUGUUGUUCCUGAAAGUACAGAAUCGGCUAUAUCUACUACUACUGCCAAGAGAAUGAAAGUUGUGAGAAGACCUCUGAAUAGAGGUGGCGCGGCAUCCAAUCCGACAAAAACUUUAGCAAAAAAGAAAUCUGAUGAUGAAAUAAGUGAAGACGAUAAUUAUCCGGAGAGUUUUAAAGCUCUUCUAGCAAAGAAUGCGUCGACACCUUCGAGCUCUCAAUCCGACGAGAGUUUGUCAGUGAAAGCAUCACAGAUAGUGUACAACACUUACUCACCACCCUCACAGACUAUUAUUAACACUGAAACUGAAAAAUCGCAAAACAGUUCACGGUUUCGCAGCAAAACAAAUGCAGAAGAGAACAAUAUUCCUACCGAAAGUGUCACCGGCUUAGAUAAUAAAACACUGGCAGUAGAAGAGAAAUAUACUGAAAAAAAACAUUACAAAAGGCCCGAAUAUAAACCACGUCCAACAUUUGCUCCAAGAAAUAGGCAAAGCAGUCUAUCAACUACAACACCUGGGCCCGUAAAUUCUAAUUCUGAAAAAACACUGUAUAAAUUCAACAGAAAAUUUAAAAUAACUACAGAAUCACCGAAUGCAGAAAAAGCUAAACGAGUACAAAACAGUGAUUCAUUUAAGAAACCCUUAGCAAGACCAUCGUAUUACACAAGGCGAAGGAACUCAAAUAAAAGCGAUAUCACCACCACAGAACAAACUCCCGUUACUGCAGGUAAAGAUGCAGAAAUAAAAACAUUAAAACCAUCGUCGUAUAGAACAUCUUAUUACGCAAGACUAAGGAAUAAUCGUAAUAAUACUACAGAAUCUCCUAAAAAAGAAAUAACAUCGCAAGAAAGUAAAGAAGAAGUAUCAUCUAUGAAACCAGUACUUUAUAACUCAGUAACAAAUACAAUGAAUGAUAAUAAUAUUGAUAAUAAAUCAGAACAAAAAAAUGAAAUAUUCGUCAUUGCUGUUACCAGUAAGGAAUCUCAAGAAAAAACUUUUGAAAAUGAAGUAACCAGCACAGAAAAAGAUAUAAAUGAAAUGGUUCACUACACACCAACAACAUCCAGGUAUCAUUCCAGUUACAAAGACUUAAAUACAAUUGCACCUGAAGACGAAGAAGAGGAAAUUAUGGUAACCAGUGGACCACCGAUUAGAAACUUGGUGUCCAGACAGUUUGGACGUGGUAGAAAAUAUGAAAAUGGGAUAAGUGAGGAACCUAAUUUACCUACCAUAUCUCCACCUUCAGAAUCAAAUUUGAAACGAAUUAGUGAUUCUUAUGCAAAAACAACAACGCCCUCCACUAACGAGAUAACACCAGAAACUGAAAAACCUAAAACUAGAUUUAGUGCCAAAUAUCGAGCCUCAUAUAUUGACAAACCAUUUUACAAAGCCACCGUACCCACUGUUACACCAUCUACUGUAGAGGGAGAAGAAAUACAAUUAGGGCCAGACACGAACGCCAUAUCGUUUACUCAAACACGACGUACACUGUCUUCUGCUGACUUAAGACUGUCAGAAAGUGUCGUAAAGUCCUCACACGUCAUGAACGUUGAAGCAUCAAAUCACUCACCAUCUGUCACGGUGUCUAUAUUUGAUGCUUUGGCUGAUAUACUCACGUCAACACCUCGAUCGCGACUGUCAUCUACAUCAGAAGUAUCACCAACAACAGACAUUAAUUUUGAUGUAAAACAAACAUACAACGGCGUGAGUAAUAAUGUCAAUGUAAAUACUGUGACCAAUUUUGCAAGUCUAGACACUACUAUGUCAAUUAGUCAUGACAUAGGCACUGAUAUCCAAUCUGUACAAAUCACUGGUCAAACAACACCAACCAAUGUGAUUAACCGAAUGUUGGUAAAGGAAAGUACUACACCAUCUCGUAACGAAGAUAUGAAAGAAACUUCUGAACAUACACCAAUAAACACCCUAUCCCCAAUUCCUACUACUCCUUUUUCCGCCAGACGACCUUUCGCAUUUAAAGUACUGUACACAGAAACAGAAACUUCAACAGACAUGACAUCAUCUCCAUCAUAUCAGCCAUCGACUGACAACCCAACAACGGUACAUAACACAUUGUCAGAUUUAUUAGUACCCAAUAAUCAUUUGGUAUCUGUAGAACUAACAAGCAUGCUGUCCAAUAACAUCAGAGAUAUUCUGAAAAACAUGAAUGAUACAACAAAAUCUAAAGUAUCAGUAGAAAUGAUUAACCUGCUGAAUUCAUUAAUACCCAGGGCAGUAGGUGGACUAUCAAAUAAUGUAGAAAGGGUACCUGAAACAACUCCUUACAGUUUGGAGGCGAUACGGGAUACAGAUAUAAACAUAGAAAAAAAUAGUGCGAGUUUUAUUGAAGCUGAUUCCGUACCACUCCAAAAUGUAAUGCAUGACAUUAGUGUAAAUAUGACAGUAGAUGAACCAAAAAAUUUUAUUUCUAACACUGUAAAUAAAUUUGAUGAAAUAUCCAUGGGAGAAAAUGACUCAGUGUCACAGUCUACUGGCCAUAUUUUUUUAAAAGAGACGAAACUUACUUCUACAACGACAGAUUCAACUAUAGUAACGUCAACCUUAACGUCUAAAUCGGCUUUAUUAGACAAUGACACUGAUAUUGUUAACACUGAAAACAAUGUGAUUACUACAACAAUUCGCCCGACUACAGACACUAUUAUCAUUGACAAAGUAUUGGCAAUUCCAUUCUUUACUAAUGCUAAAAUAAGUGAUUUUACUUUGGGUGAAUCUGGUAAUCUAGAUGAUCUAGAUGUCACUACUGAUGCUGUUACUUCCAAGUCUACAAUUUUAUCAACUACUACUCAAAAUUCUGCUCCUUUGACUCCCCUGCCCGACGUAGAUAUGAUUGAUACGUCUGAUCCUAGUAAAGUAUCACCUAUGCAGUUAUGGGUACUUUCUCAAAAAGCAAAUGUUCUUAAAAUGAUAGAAGACCUUAUCAAGCAACAUCAUAAUGACAUAACUUUAACGCCUUCUUUGACUGAAUCUAAUAAUGACAGCGUAUCAGUAUCGAUUUCACAACGAUUGACUGAAGUAAUGAAUGACAUGAAAGCUACUACUACAACAGACGAAAAUAAUUUGGGCGAAUUAAUUUCAUCGUUGAUGACUACAACUGUUAUGACCACCGAUCCUAAUCCUACAACCCCCAUGUCCAUCACAGAUUCCAAUCCUAUAAAUCCUAUGACGAUCACAGACCCUAUUCCUACAAUACCUCUUUCAACAACAACCUUGUCUGAAAAUACAAUAACGUCAAAAGCAGACGAUGGUCCUACUUCGCCUAUGUCCUCCACAAUGGACAUGAGUGUAACGUCGGAUGAGAAGUCUAGAUCGAUACUCGAAACUACGACCCAAGCCAUUACCCAAGCGAUGGAUCUGGUUGAAACGACAACGUCAUUCAUAACAAAUGAUCCAACUACGACUACGAGCAUAUUUGAUACAACAAAAGAAACUCAUAUCGUUGGUGACGUAGAAAAUGAUAAAAUUACUGAAAAUAUUUUAUUGGCUACCACAUCCUCUGAUGUGGGAAACACAACUCCAGGUGAUGAGAAUACCACACUAACUUCAGAUGAAAAAGAAAUAACAGUAGCUACUUCAACAGUUGAUACAAGCAUAGUGAACAUUGCCACUCAAUCAACACCUCCAAAGCGAGAUUAUGUUAUUUUUGGAAUAUUACCGAACAAUACUGUGGUACGUAAAGACCCUAACGAUGAUGUAUUGGAAACAUUAACAGAAGCAAGCCCUUAUAUUAUUUACGGUGUAUUACCCAAUAACACAAUAAUCCGUAAAUUUCCGAAUGGGACUAGAGUACCACGAGUAAUGCAAAAAAUUGACGUACUACCAAUCAGCCCAUGGAGUUUGAGGAACCCAUACAGCCCCAUCCAUAACAACCCGGCCUUCGUCAGACCUCAGUCUAACCCCAUCCGAGUAUCCACUAAUGUUACGACAUCCAAAGACAUCUUCAAUAACGAAGCAGUAAACCAAUUAACUACAGACACUGUAAAUAUACAGCAAAAUAUGAUAUCUUCAUCGACACUUAAUGUUAAAGAUAGCAGUAUGUUGGGUGUUGUUUCCACAACAAAUCAGUCGCCUGCUGAAAAAAGCACUGCCUCGCAUGUUUUAAGUUUGCGCACAUCUACAAUGCUACCUUCUGUCGAUGAGAUUCUGCUUAAUAGUAUAUCUUCAGCAGCUAAAGAGGAAAUGGUCAUAUCAUCUAUGACUAGUUCUACUACUCAACCCAGAAUAUUAACACUGGAUAUAGAUCCGGAGACUAAAAAAAUACGAACUGAAAAACCAGGUGAGAAUGUGAAAGCAGUCUUUAAAUUUAUACCUAUAGACGAAGUAUCAGUGCAACCACAAAAUUCUAAUGUAUUAAAGUUGGCCACAAAAGCUACUUCUACUUCAUCAAAUACAGAGAAAACGGAUAUCCUACCAACAACCACAGAUGCUAAUACACUAUUUUCACAAGUACAAAUGAGUGCAAAUACGGAAGAAAAUGAACCAACCACUACUGUACAGACUAGUGUUCGCACACCUUUUACCACUUCAGAUGAAACAACAGCAUCCGAACAAACUGAUAUAGUAACUCUUACUACAACUGAAAGUACAACUUUCCCACCGAUUACAAAUAUUCCAUUGACAACUGAAACUAUCACUUCAACUUCUUUUGUCACAACUGAGGCACCACAAUCCACUACAAGAAUUCUGGAGUCUGCUUUUGUUACGACGCCUUCUUCAGACAAUUCAGAACGACCUACUACCGUCGCAAUCGGUACAGCCUCAACCACAGAAGUAGAACAAUCAAAUAACGAAAUAAGUACAGUUCCAACAACAUCAGUUACUGUACUGCCAACAACAAUGACAACCGAAGGGGAAACCACAAAAUAUGAAAAAGACGCUUUAGAAAUUCAAAAUUUAUUGACAAGCCGAAGUGCGAAAUCUUAUGUUGAUUUAAAUAAAAGCCAAACAUCAACUCAACAACCAGCCACUACCACUACCACUACCUCAACUCCAAUAACUAAUGUACCUUCAAAAGAAAAUGAUGAAAAACUUUUAGAAUCGUUAUUACUAGCCACUGGGCAAAAAUCUUCGAUAUUGAAUAUCCCUAAUCUCGCCACUGGAUUAAGAGAUAUAACAACCACAACAGCUUCUACCCGAUCAAUUGAGGAAGACAUCAAGCAAUUUGAAGAAGACACUAAAUUAUUAAAAGCUUUACUCCAAGCCACAGGACAGAAUCCUAACAAUUUUAAUAUUCCAUCUAUAAAUAAAAUAUCACCAACCACAAAAUCAACACGAAUAUCUACCACAUUACCAACUCAAAAAACCAUAACAACAACUCCAUCGAUAGAAGAUGAUAUAAAGAAGUUCCAAGAAGAUGCUAAGCUUUUACAAAUACUACUACAAGCAACGGGACAGGAUACAAAAAGUAUCAACUUGCCGAUAAUUUCUAGUGUUACUUCAAAUGUCAGGAUGGCAUCAAAACCAUUGACACCUACAUUACUUACAAAUCCUACAACUACAUCUGCUAAUAGACCUGUAUAUGUAUCUGAAGAUGCAACAACACCAUCGGUUUCAUCUACAUCAUUACCUAUAACCACUACGUUUCAGCCAAAAGAAACUACUGAGAACUUGAGAAUUUCUACAACUUUCCCGCCAUUCACCAACCAGAGAAGACGUGUGCCGACCACUACUGAGUCGGUUCCUACAACAACAACAACAACUUCAAGAAACUUCCGGAGGACAACUGUCCCGACCGCCCGCCAAGCGUCUGGAAGAUUCACCACCACCACGGAAGUGCCUUCCACCUCAACUUUUUCUGUAGAAGAGGAUGUAGCGUUUCUUAAAAAUUUGAAAUCAGUUCUCACCACAAACAACAUCGAAGACCCGGAGACGGCAUUAGCCAACCGCAUCAUAGCUCUUGCAGUAGAGAAAAGCUUGAACGAAAUUACUACAAGCAAAAACAUCGAAGCGGGCCGAGAUGGAAAAUCCAUAUCCAAUGGCAGUAACAACCGGGUCCCUACCACCACCGUCCGACUGACGACCACUACCACCACAACCACUACUCCUAGACCCACCACCACGCUCAGCACUCCCUCCAUAGAAGAAGACAUCAAACAAUUUGAAGAAGACACUAAGCUUCUUAAAGCCCUGCUAAAGGCUACUGGACAAGACCCGGCGAAAUUCAACAUUCCAACUAUUGCCAACCCUGCAUUGAACGGUGCUCAGGAAACUACAACACCGCGGACUAAGUUAACUAUAACAGGUCAAACUCCCGACGAGGCGUUGAAGCUGCUUCAGAAGAGCAAGGCGUCGAUGGUGUCGGAGGCCACGGCGGCACCCAUCUCUCUCAGCACAGAGUAUGGCAAGAGCCAGGACGCGCUGCUGGCGGCGCUGCUGAAGGAACAGGGCUUCGGACCCACCACGGCAAGUUCCCUGGACGAACAACUGCGCCUCGCUGCCUUGCUCAACCAAGUGGUAGUGACGCCGAAGGCUCGGCGCGUGACGACGACGCCCGAGCCGCCGCCGCCGCCGCCGCGCCGCCCCAUCCUGGACGGGCUGGCGUGGCUGUGGCAGCAGUGGCGCGAGACUGGGCCGGGCCCGGGCGGCGCGCGCCCCCGCCGCCCCGCCCCCGAGCCCGCCAUGUCCUCCGCCCCCACCGCCACCAGGACUAACUGGUUCGGCUCGGGACCCUUCACCGGCAACGCGGGCGACACCAGAGACUCCUCCAACAGAGUGCCGCUGGAGCCCCCGGCGGCGGUGGCGGCGCCGGCCCCGGGCCGCGGGCAGCUGGUCUCAGCAGCCAUCAACGUCACUCGCGCCUUCUCGCAGUUCUUAGGGGCUGCUAUACAGGGGGCUGCGCAGACGGUCCAAAGCGUGAUCAGGGCAGGACAGCGUGCGGCCAACGAUGUCUACGUCAACGGCUCCGGGUAGGCUGACAGACAGAUGGACAACGGACAAUCAUCGUUGUAGUAUAUGUAGUCAAUGACUGAAACUUUUAUGAAAGUGAACAAGUACGCACCAUGUGUUUUACGCUCAAUGUAAAUACAGUAGGCCAUGUUUAUGAAGUAGGAGGUGAAAUGAUGAGAGUAAUUAGCUGAAUUGGCUUUUCUCGGAAACCACCUGAUCACUGCUUAGUUGAACUCCAUAGUAUGUAAUGCACGUGGCAACUGAAAUAAUGAAAAAAAUAUAUUCAGUAGUCAUCAGCAUCACAAAGAAAAUAUAUAAAACAUUCAUAAUUAUUAAGUUUUGUACAAAGUGUAGUGUUUGUACUAUAAACAAUGAAAUGAAAUUUUGCUUCAGUAAAUGCCUGAUUUUAAGAAGGCUCAUGCAAUUCGUUUGAUGGUGAAGAGUUGAAAGAUUUUAGGCGAAUGUGAUUUUAGGGUAACUUAAUUUUGUUUUAAUGCUUCAGUAAUGUAAGCGUUGGUAGGGUUUAAUAAAUAAUUAUUAUAAGUAUAGUUAGAAAGUGAAAUGCGAAUUUUUACCAAUAUUUUCCUAAUUCUUUAUUUUAGUACCUAACAUGUGCCAUUUUCGCACGUGCUUUUGUUAUCAUGCUUUAUACAUAAUUAUAAUACCUCUAUUAUUAUUAUUUAUAUCAUUUUGUUUAUAAUAAGUUUAAUUUGUUAAAUUUAAAAGUUACGAAAAUCUGAUUUAUAUAGAAAUUCUUCAUUACGAUGAAAAUGACCUAUAAAAUAGUAAAAUAUGAAGACUUCAAUCAUCCUGCAGUAUGAACAAUGAUAAUGCACAUACUCGUAGAUAGGCGGAGUGGGUAUGCAAAGUAGCUACUGCGAAAUAGUUAUGACUGUCACUUUGGAAUAUUGUCGUAUUGUUCGUAUAAUUAAACAUAUUUAUUCUUAUGUACGUACCUAAGUUAUUGUUAAAAUGUCACCAAGAAAUUUGUUCUACUAUGUAUCUGAUGACCCGGUAGAUACAUACAUAGUAUAUGUAUACAAUUUAUUUCCUAAAAAAUUGCUUGCUGCGAACUCUUUUAAACCUCAUUAGACAUUGUGGUUCUGUAAUCAUAUAGCAUUGGGGUUUUAUAUAUUCUAGAUUAUUUAGGUAUUUAUUUGAGAAGCAAAAUAUUCUGUCUACUAGGAGGAACCUCUAAUUGACUUAAGUUUUUUAUUUAUAAAUAGAUAUUUAGUUAAUUUAAAAACAGUUUCGCGUUACAAGCUAACUUUCAAAAAUACUGUUGUACAUAAUUUUGAAGUUUUUAUAAACUUUGUGAAUAUUUUUCUUCAAUGAAAGUUGGUAUGUAACCCGAAGGAGAAUAGUGAAAAAUCCUUUUUCAUUACUCAGUGAUAACCAAAUCUAAUGAAAUAUUAAAUUUAGAUUAAGUUGGUUAUUUUUAUCAUUUGCACUUUUGUAUAUUUUUUAUAACUUGAUCUGCGUUUGGAAAUUGUUUUGUAUGUUUAGUGAUUAACUUUUUACCGGUGUGUGUGAAUGUAAGUAGAGAGAAAUAAACGAUAAAUAACUUAUGAA